AUGUCAUUCUCUCAUAAAGAACAACCAGAUGUUUUAGUACUUUUCGAUGUUGAUGGUACUUUGACCCCAGCUAGAUUAACCAUUUCUGAUGAAAUGAGAACUACUUUAGAAAAAUUAAGAAAAAAAGUUGUUAUUGGUUUUGUUGGUGGUUCUGAUUUAUCUAAACAAGUUGAACAAUUAGGUGAUUCAGUUUUACAAGAUUUUGAUUACUGCUUCUCUGAAAAUGGUUUAACUGCUUAUAAAUUAGGUAAAGAAUUAGCUUCUCAAUCUUUCAUUAACUGGAUUGGUAAUGAAAAAUAUAAUAAAUUAGUUAAAUUUAUCUUAAAACAUUUAGCUGAAAUUGAUAUUCCAAUUAGAAGAGGUACUUUCAUUGAAUUUAGAAAUGGUAUGAUUAACGUUUCUCCAGUUGGUAGAAAUGCUUCUACUGAAGAAAGAAAUGAAUUCGAAAAAUUCGAUAAAGAACAUCACGUUAGAGAAACUUUAGUUAACGCCUUGAAAGAAAACUUUGCUGAUUACGGUUUAACUUACUCUAUCGGUGGUCAAAUCUCUUUUGACGUCUUCCCAACCGGUUGGGAUAAAACUUACGCUUUACAACACGUUGAAAGUGAAGGUUUUAAAGAAAUUCACUUCUUUGGUGAUAAAUCUUAUAAAGGUGGUAACGAUUACGAAAUCUAUACCGAUGAUAGAACUAUUGGUCAUGCUGUCAACAACCCAAAUGACACCAUUAAGAUCUUAAAUGAAGUCUUUAAAUUAUAAGUAUAUAAUAUUAAGUAGAAUAUCUCCUAUAUACGGCUGA